GCGCGCGCGUCAGUUAGUAUGUCACUAGUGCUGACUCGAGAGGUGGCCCGCAAGGACUGUGCCGCGCUCGACCUUUUUUUCUGUGCGUGCGAUGUUUUCACUUUCGUCAUUUUGACCGGGCCAGUUUGAUUUGACGGCGCUCGCGCACGGACGUGCCUAGGAUCGUUGUGUUUAUCCUGUGAUCGGUGCUUCGGAUUGUUUGUUUUUGUAUUAUCAGUGCGAUGGCUGUGAUGAAGUGCUAAUAUGUUCGAUAGCAACGUUCUCCUGAAUUUUUACAAUGAGCUUGCGAAUAGAAGUGCGCUACAGUUGGCAAGUGCUGGAAUAAUGGGCGAGGGCCUGCUGACGCUGACGUACGGCAAGCAUCACGCCUGCAUCCUGAACGAGGUGGGCGCGGCGUGGCGCGGGGCCCGCUACUCCGACCUGGUGCUCAUCUGCGACGACGCGGUCCCGCUGGCGGCCCACCGCAUCGUCAUGGCCGCCGCCAGCCCCCUCAUCAGGAAAAUCCUCGAUGACACGCCGUCCGUGGAGAACCCUGUCACAAUCCACAUGUCCGGGAUCAGUAGCACGCUGAUGAGGCACCUCCUCGUCUUCUUGUACAGUGGACAAGCCUACAUUGAAUCCGGUGAAAUUGAUGACAUGCAAGAACUCUUCGAGCUGCUGGAGAUCAAAUCAGACGUAUGGAAAUCAACAAAAGAACGACAGCAAGCGGAAGAACGGAACAGAUCGUGCGAGCGGCUAAAAGGCAAGAACUUGAAGACAGACAUCAACAGCAAUGAAAGCAGUAAACACGAUGCUCCAUCAGGCUCGUCACAUUCAGAGAGCGAUCGGGUCACACCGAGCGCAGGAUACAGCAAAGAUAAAGAACGAGACUCAGAAUCACUAAGCAUAAAGAAAGAAAGCAUGUCCACAAGUAGUAACGAUGAAAGAGAAGACGAUGACCAUGACACGGAAAACAGAGACAAGGAAUGCGGCCGGUUGACUUCAAGGAGGAGGAGUUCUUCCAACCCCGUCAACUUAUCAGUACAAAGGACAUCAGAGAACACAGGCAGUGAACACGACGACUCGCAGGAUUUGGAUGUUGAAACUGUUGCCACCAAGAACAUCGGUCGGAGAAGGUCUACAUCGUCAAGUCAAGAUGAUCAGCCACAAGAAACAGUAUACAGAAGACAACUACUAAAUGAUCGAUUAGGCCGAGGAAUUGAGAGAGCUAAGCGAAAAUCACAUUACUUAGAGCCCCCAGAGUUAGAUCUACGGACUGUCAAAUUAGAAGAUUAUGCACAUCUCAAACCACCUGACCAGGAUUUGAUGUCGCUUGUUCAGACCUCGCCCGAAAACUAUGUUGUCACCCCUCACAGAAAACGAAGACCCGGCUUCCAUAAUUCACCGUCCCAGAACCCUCCAUUUGUAUCGUUUGCCCCGAGUUACUUGGAAGAAAUUGCAAACUUACGGUACCCACAAGGACCCGCCGGCGCAGCCGCUGUCGCGAGCGCGCGACUCGCAGCCUUACACCCGCUGAGUGCGUCAGCUCCACCGUACUUACCGGAGCGAAGUGCCACUCCACCCACAGCGACACACGAAGAACACCACAAAUACAGACCACCCAGCGCUGGAUCAUGGAGUCCCUGGCUGUGUCCGCCUCAAAUGAGCGCUGACGAAGCGCCGUCAUCAGAACAUGACCAGGGCUCCAGCAAGCAGGCACCAGUGCGAGAAUACCGCUGUGAGUAUUGUGGAAAGCAAUUCGGUAUGUCGUGGAAUCUCAAGACGCAUCUUCGAGUUCACACCGGCGAAAAACCAUUCGCCUGUCGACUGUGCGUCGCUAUGUUCAAACAGAAGGCCCAUCUGCUGAAACAUCUUUGUUCGGUGCAUCGGAAUGUGAUAUCGUCGAGCGAGAAUGACGGGCGGACUAACACGCCCGGUCGCUUCAACUGCUGUUUCUGCCAACUCACGUUCGAGGCCCUUCCAGAGCUCAUCAGGCAUCUGUCGGGGCCUCACAACAGUUUGCUACUCAGCAAAAACCUGCAUGAAUGACGCACGCCUAUUUGACGCGCACUCUCGCGUAACUUUGGACUAUGAAAACUUCUCUCAAUUUGAGAGUUCAAUUGUGAUAUGUUCGUAAGAAGGUUAUAAUGUAAGUGCCUAGUUUUAAGACAUGUGAUCGCAGAGCGAUACUCAUAGGGAAUCAUCCGCAGGAGCGGCGGGUGCGAUAUUGAUUACUAAUUUAAAAAUCACAUGUUUGCCGAAUGGGUCCAAAUUGUUAUAAUUUGUUUAAAAAUUAUAAUCCGGGACCAAUAACUUCCAAGAUAGUAUUUAUUUGAAAGAUGUAUUUCAUUAGGGUAAAUAUUAUUUAAAAAGCCACCGACACAUUAAUUCCUUAAGCAUAGAAAAUAGACACAAAUUGUCGAUGAAAAGUUGCGAAAAAAGGCCGAAGCCUAAAUACAUGUCACCUAAACUACCUCCUAAUUUAAAUCAGUAUCUUGAUGAAACUUCGGUGACGUUCGAAUAGGUUUUGGGAUUGAUUACGUACUUUCUUUGCUGGAAGUAUGCAGUCAAUGAUUCUAGUCAGAAUUGGAACUAGUAAUGGUAUAUCACUACAUACGUAAUUGUUGUAAUAACCACAGUGAUUAAUUGGUAGUUUAAUAUUUAUUUAGAUUUUUGUAUAUUUUAUCCAUUUAAAAAUAUAGAAAACGUACGUAGCAAUUAUAUGAUUUAUACUCCUCUACUCAAACAUCUUGCUUGUUCCAACGUGGUAUUAUCUGACUUUAAUUUCGCAGCUUUUUAAAGACACUAAACAAUCUCAAUAUUAGGUUUUAUCAAUUUAUGUAAUUCUAAAGUUAAUGAAAAUGUGUUCGUUUUAUUAUAUUUACAUUUAUGUCUCUAAAUCCUUUCAUUCGUUUGAACUGUUAUUCGCAAUGUAGAAGCACCAAAGAUUUGUAAAGCAUUGAAGAUGUUUUGGUGUUACAAUUAAGAGAAAUUAAAGGGACCUGAAAUGAUUAUGAUUUGUUAAACUUAACUUAGGUACCAAUUUAUAAUCUCAUCUCUAGUUACUAACUCAUUAUUUUCUGUAACAACUCUUAUAAUUCCACUACGAACAAUUCGUACGAAACUUGAAUAUACUUUAUCUAUUUUUGGAUUAAUUUACUGUUAAGUAUUACCACUUUACAUAUUUUUGGACAACUCUAUGGCUUCCUUAUGAAAUUUUGAAUUAUUUUUCGAUGUCACUUUUGAACACUUAUUGUGGCCAGUUAUAUUAAAACUAUUUUUAUAAUGAAGGCUGGAUGUGAGAUAGUUAUACAGAACAUUGAUAUUAUGAUGAGAGCUUCUUUACGUAAAAUUUAUUCCAAACAUGUAACGUUGAUUGGAACAAAUUUUGCUUUUCCGUAAUACUCAUUUUGUUUCAUGUCCGGGGAUAUAAUACAUGCAUGUAUUCCAUUAUAAUUGAACCAUUUGCAUAGGUUCUAAUUGUUUUGCAAUGAUAUCUGUUACAAUGCAAUGUUUGCUAUUAACUCUUAUACUAUUUCGAUGAUAAAAACUAAAGUUACCAACAAUUUGUUCAAAACUUAGAGUAAAUAUAAAUUCGAAUGCUUUAAUAUAAUUUCUUUGAAUGUUACCUAUCUACCUGAUACUUUUUUGGCGUCGUGUAUUUGACGUAUUUUUAAAAAAUGGGGGAACAAUUUAAUUUUAAGAAUUGUGAUUUUGUGGUAACAUUAGAUUAUUUUAUGUGAUAAUGUCUGUACUAUAAGUAGGCACUGAGAACGCAGUCUUCCAUCGCGUUUUCCAUUUUCGAUGUGUUUUUCGUGUAAAUAAAAUUUAGUGUUAAGGAAUGAUGCAUGACAAAAUUUACCCAUUGUAUCCGAAAAUACUGCCUACAAACCAACGGAGAUCUUACACUCGAACAAAUAAUUAUAUUUUUGCGUCGUCUUAUUCACUUUGAGUACAUUUAUUAAUGUGAUAUUACGGCGUAAGCCAAAUUGCCUUAAAAUCAAUGCAAAUAACUCAAUUGUAUUUUCAUGUUUAUUUUUUUCGGAUUGUCAUUGCUCAUUCAUUUCGAGGAAUUU